CCCUUUCCUUUCCUUUUCUUUUCUUUUUUAUUUUCUUUUCCUUUCUCUUGCUGCAAAAAUACAGUUGCCCUUCUCACCUACUUCCUAAAAACCUACGGACACAGCCCUCUCUCUCCCUCGCAGACGCGCACUCUUCUUCAUAUCCCACCAAAAGCAUUUUAAUUCUGAUCCCUUUCCUUCUUUCCUUCUUUCUUUCUCUUCAGAGGCUGUAUAAAUAGGCCUGCAGGGACAUACUAUUGCAAACAACAGACAACAAGAGAAACAGGUUUUUUAAUCAGAAGUUUCAGGAGGACCGAGGAAUAAUAUUGGGUUUUACUAGUGGUUAUAAGUUUUUCUUUUGACAGCGAUCGAUGGAGUUGAAAUCAGACAACAUUCAAGACAGACCCGAACAGCAACAACAGCAAAUGCAGCAGCAGCAGCAGGAACAACAAGAACAACAGCACUUUCAUGUGCUGGCAGUUGAUGACAGUGUUAUUGACAGAAAGUUAUUGGAGAAGCUCCUCAAAGUUUCUUCAUACCAAGUGACUUGUGUUGACUCUGGGGAUAAAGCUUUGGAAUAUCUGGGACUGCUUAAUAACUUGGACUGUCACUCAACAACUUCUUCUUCUUCUUCUUCUUCUUCCUCUUCUUCUUCUUCUUGUUCCCAGUCUUCGCAACAAGAGGGACUUAAAGUCAACUUAAUCAUGACAGACUUCUGUAUGCCCGGAAUGAGCGGCUAUGAUUUACUCAAACGUGUCAAGGGAUCUUCUUGGAAAGAUGUACCAGUCGUGGUCAUGUCAUCAGAAAAUGUACCUUCAAGAAUUAGCAUGUGCUUGGAAGGAGGAGCAGAAGAAUUCCUGUUAAAGCCUCUUCAAUUAUCAGACUUGGACAAAAUUCAAGCUUACCUUGUGAAAUCCCUUGAUCAUUCCUGUACAAACAUGGACAAAGACUUGAUCGGUGAUAACAAUGACAACGAUGACAACAGCAAUAACAACUACAGCGAGGACAGCAAUAACGACAAUGGCAAUAGUAACAAUAGCAACAAUAAUUUUAGCAAGAGGAAGGCAAUAUCUUCUGAAGCUACAGAGAGAAGACCAAAAAUGAAAGGAGUAGCAGUAAUAGUAUGAUAAUGUAUACGUUAGAACAGUGCAUGUUGUUAUACGUGGGGUUUCGUGUUUACUUGGUUAAUGCUAAUUUUAAAAUGAAGAGGCUUUAAUUUUGACUUAUUA